AUGUACGUACUGGACAUCGCGAUAACCUUCAUGGUUCUGACGGCGGUGGUCGUGGCACUGCGGCUGUUCACUCGACUGUAUUUCAUUCGCACCCCGGGCUGGGACGAUCUGCUGAUUGUCCUCUCGUUGAUAGCGGACAUUUGCUUCUUUGCUUUCCUAAUCGAAGAGGUCCGUUAUGGCCUGGGGAAGGAGGCGGCAACGCUGGAUCCGGGGAGGAUCCAAUCCCAGACAAAGGCUCUUUACGUUACUAUUCCCUUAUACAACCUGUCGCUCAAUUUGACCAAGAUCUCGAUGAUCUUGCUGUAUCGACGACUUUUCCCGACCCGCGGCUACCAGAUCAUCCUUCUUAUUGCUCUCAUCUGCGUCGUCCUCUCCGGCCUGUGGAUGAUCCUCAGCGCCAUCUUCUUCUGCAUCCCCGUCCAUGCCUUCUGGGAUCCCGCGGCCCCGCAGAACUGCCUGCCCAAGACCGCCGUGUGGUGUCUCAAUGCCGCCAUUCAGAUCGUCAGCGAUCUGAUCAUCGUUAUCUUGCCGAUGCCGGUCCUCACCCAUUUGCGACUCCCGAAAAGACAGAAGCUUGUGCUCAUCGUGGUGUUUGCUCUGGGACUUUUCGUCUGCGCAACCAGCGUGGUCCGUCUCGGCGCAGUGAUCCAACUGCUCAACUCCAACGAUGCCAGCAAAGCCAACGCCCCCGCAGCCCUCUGGUCCUUCAUCGAAACCAACGUCGCCAUCAUCAGCGCCUGCCUACCCCCUCUACGCCCCCUCCUGGCCUACUUCUUCCCGCGCCUCCUCCCCUCCCGCGUCCGCAGCUCCUACGCCCACCGCGAAAAGACCACCUGCCAGACCCUCGACCUCUCCAACCCCUUCAACUUCACCAACACCAGCUACUCCGCCAGCGUGACGGGGAACUUCUCCACCCACAACGCGGCAGACGGGCAGGAGUCCAUGCACUGUCCCCCCGAGUGCGAGGGGAUUCAUGUCGUCAGCGAGUUGCAUCUGGAGACCGCGUCGGUUGAUGCCGUUGAGGAUUUUCAUUCGUAUCAUCUGUCGCCGUUGUCGGUGACGAAUUCGGUUUCGGAUCUGUAGGUGUAUAGGUUUGUGUUUUCUUGCUGUUGUUGGGUGGAUAUAUGCAUGAGUUUAGAUUGUUCGGCGUAUUUCUUGGCUUGGGUUUACUGUGAUGGGAGUUCAUAUCCCCUAUCCUGUUUUUCUCUCCG